CUAGGGUUUUUAAAUGACUCUGUUUCCUGCGUAUAAAAUGGCGGAACUCGUUCACUGAUUAAUGUGAUCAUCUACUACUUACAGUUGCUGACCCCAAAUCUCUGAGCUCUCCGCAACGCUUCAUAGUCCAGGUGUGAAUUGAAGGAGUUUAUCCACCAAGAAGAUAAAAUGUCUGGUGAAGAGCCUGCAGCCGUGGAGACACCUGCUGCUACUCUUGGUGAGCCUAUGGAUAUCAUGACUGCCUUGCAACUUGUGCUUAGAAAGUCAUUGGCCCAUGGAGGUCUGGUUCGAGGACUUCAUGAGGGUGCAAAAGCAAUUGAGAAACAUGCUGCUCAGCUCUGUGUGUUGGCAGAAGACUGCAACCAACCAGACUACCUUAAAUUGGUCAAAGCACUAUGUGCUGAUCACAAUGUGAACCUAAUAACUGUUCCAAGUGCCAAGACUCUCGGUGAAUGGGCUGGCUUAUGCAAGAUUGAUUCAGAAGGGAAGGCCAGGAAAGUUGUCGGAGCUUCUUGUGUCGUUGUGAAGGAUUUCGGCGAGGAAAGUGCAGGUCUUCACAUUGUUCAGGAAUAUGUCAAGUCUCACUGAAAUAUUAGCAGCGAAGUCGUGUUUAGGGAAGUUUAGACUGAGAAACGCAUCUCACCUUGUAGUUUGUUUCUAAAGACGUGGUUAGGGAAGUUUGGACUGAGAAACACAUCUCAUCUCAUAGUUGCUUUUAAUGUUUUCUCUAGGAGUUUAGAUAGCGGUACACCACUCUAGUAUGUUAUAAUGUUUCCUUGGAAAUUUUUUCCCGAACUGCUGAUAAACCAGCUACUCCGUUGGAUUUUGGGUGGCUGAAAUUUCAAGUGCAAUUUUUGAGGCUAUUUAAUCUCAACAGAAUGUUAACUC